AAAUUUUGGUAAAUAAUGGAUUAAAUGUACAAAAAUUUGUAAUAUUUUUAGGUCUUACACUUUAAAUUUUAGUUUAUUUAAAUGGCGGUUAAAGAAGUAAUCCACAUACACAUAGGACAGGCAGGUGUUCAAGUGGCCAACGCUUGCUGGGAACUUUAUUGCUUGGAGCAUGGAAUCACGGCCGAUGGCAUUCUCGCCUUUUCUGACAAUGAUAGAAGCUGUGGCACUUUCUUCAGUCAAACUGGGGCUGGCAAGGUGGUGCCCAGAGUUGUUAUGAUCGACUUGGAACCAACUCCUAUAGAUGAAAUAAGAACAGGAGCUUAUCGACAGCUAUUUCAUCCCAACUCCUUGAUUACUGGAAAAGAAGAUGCCGCUAGCAACUUCGCACGAGGAUAUUUCGGAGUAGGGAGAGAAAUGAUUGAAGUGGCUCUAAAUAGAAUCAGAAUCGCUGCAGAGGAUUGCAGUUGCCUUCAAGGAUUUAUAAUAUUUAGGUCUUUUGGCGGUGGAACUGGCUCCGGGUUUACUGCUCUAUUGCUCGAAGGCUUGGUCAGAGACUAUGGGAAACUGUCCAAGAUAGAGUUCGCGAUUUAUCCAGCUCCAAAAAUAUCACCCAUUAUUGUCGAGCCAUAUAAUGCUGUACUCACCUCACAUGCAUGUAUGGAAACUGAAGACGUUUGUUUCAUAUUUGACAAUGAAGCCCUGUACGAUAUCCUAGCAAGAUUGUUGGAUGUACCUAGACCAACGUACACUAACCUAAACAGACUUAUUGCGCAGGUCGUAUCCUGUAUGACUGCUUCGCUUAGAUUCGAAGGUUCGUUGAACGUUGAGUUGGUGGAAUUCAGAACCAACCUGAUCCCUUAUCCAAGAAUUCACUUUCCCUUAGUAACAUUUGCUCCUUUCAUACCACCCACACGAGCUAUGCAUGAGACCAUGACAACUCAUCAGCUCAUGAUGUCUUGCUUCAAUCCAUCCAAUCAAAUGAUCAAGUGUGACCCGAGAAGAGGGAGCUACAUGUCUUGCUGCCUUUUGUUUAGAGGGGACGUAAAUCCAAACGAUAUAAAUUCUGGAAUCAAUCAAAUCAAAAGCAUGCGGAACAUUAAAUUCGUAUCUUGGUCCCCAACUGGAUUUAAGAUCGGUGUAAACUAUCAACCACCAGUAACAGUGCCUGGAGGGGACUUGGCUGCACUUCAAAGAGCAGUUGUGAUGGUAUCAAACAAUUCUGCAGUUCGUGGAGCGUGGGAGAGACUCUGCAAGAAAUUUUCUCUUAUGUACGCCAAAAGAGCAUUCGUACAUCAUUAUGUUGGCGAAGGUUUGGAAGAACGGGAGUUCUCGCAUGCACUACACAAUAUAAAAGCAUUAUCUAAUGAUUACAAAGAAAUGGAAGAUUGAGUACAUAUUGUGAUUCUGUCAAUGUACAAGAGAUUGUCGUGUUCUCCAGGAAAAUAAAGAUUUAACCACAAUCAGUA